GGCACUUUAGCAUCCAGUUCAAGAAUGCAUGCAUGAUGAAGCCAUUGGUCACUCUAAUCCGACACGUACCAAUACAUUUCCUCCACGUUUUGCUUCUCCACACUAUAUAAACCCAAUAACCCUUGCUCUUCUCUUCAAAUUCAAAGCAUUAAUUUCUUAACCUAUAGAAAUGGAAAGCAACGCCCCAGUACUAUCAAAGAAAGUGUGGAACAUGCUGCAUGCACUCUUGUUCAUGCUCAGAAAAGGCAUAACCAAGGGGAACAUCAUGGCCCUCAACCUCAUGCUCAAACGCCGCACCAAGAUCGCCGGAAAGGCCAUUGCCAACUUAAUGUUCCACCACGCUGCUGCCUCCCACCACCACUUCUCCGCCCCGAGGGAGUACGAGUUCAGCUGCAGCAACACGCCGCACAACUCCUUCCAGGGGAAGCGCCACCGCCACUUCUUCGCCUGCGUCCACGCCCCCCCCACGCACGACGACGACGCCGUCACCGUCAACGCCAUGAAGGCCGUGCUGGAAAUGCUCAACAAUAACAACGACGUCACGGCGGCGUCCCCUCUGCCGGGGUUCGGACGGAGCCCCGCCGUGGUGAGGCAGCUGCGCGUGACGGACUCGCCGUUCCCUCUGCGAGAGAGCGACGGCGACGGCGACCAGCAGGUGGAUAAGAAGGCGGAGGAGUUCAUAAAGAGGUUUUACAAGGACUUGAAGAAGCAAGAUUAAUUCAUUAGCUACCUUGUUUUAUUUUCUCUCUUCUCUUUAUGUAUCAAUCAAUGUAUUGUUGUUCAUUAUCAAAUUUUUGGAUCUUUAUCAUCUACGCUGUCUUUCUCAUCAUUUAAGAUCAACAUGUGCAUGUCUUUUGCUUCA